GACCGGCGCAAGGUCUCACCCACCUCUCUUCCUCGCACUCUGCACUCCUACGCUUCCCCACCUCGCCAUUCCGUCGAGCACCUCUCGAGCAAUACCGGCGGCGCCAGCGGCCAUGGAAGACAGCGGUGCGAGGGUGGCGGCGGUGCAGCAGCUUAUGGCAGCCAAGGCCAAGUCCGGGAAGAGCUUCUCCGAGAUCGGAGCCGAGACGGGGCUCACCAACGUGUACGUCGCGCAGCUGCUGCGCCGCCAGGCGCAGCUCAAGCCCGACACGGCGGCCAAGCUGCGGGCGGCCAUCCCGGCGCUAACCGAUGACCUCGUGGAGCUCAUGAUGCAGCCGCCCUUCCGGUCGUAUAACCCGGACAUGGUCCACGAGCCCGCCAUAUACAGACUGAAUGAAGCUAUCAUGCAUUUUGGAGAGAGCAUCAAGGCAAUCAUCAAUGAGGACUUUGGUGAUGGAAUCAUGUCGGCCAUAGACUUCUACUGUACAGUUGACAAAGUUAAAGGGGCUGAUGGAAAAGAUCGUGCAGUGAUCACAUUUGAUGGGAAGUAUCUGCCUCACACUGAACAGAAAUCUGCAAAUAUGAUGUCAAAGUUGGCCCGCAAUGCACCUUGAGACAAUGAGGUGGCUGCUGCUGUCGAAGGGACAAUGUAUUUCGCCUGCUAGUAUGCUAUGUAAUGUCUGCUUAUACUUCAGACAUGGAAAGAACCAGGCAUGUCCCUUUUCUAGUCUGAACUAUCGACCAAAUAAACAGUGGUAAUAUAUAGUAUGUAAUGUGUGCUUGUACUAUGGAUUUGGAAGAGCAUUGAACGUGCCCUUCCUUGUCUGAAUGGUCGACUAAAUAAAACUGGUGACAUAGUUUACCAUUCCUGCU